CUCGUAUACUAGAGGUUCUCGCCUUCAAUGACAUGAAGUAUGCAGCUAAUUCUAGAAUUGAACACCUCCAAGCGUUGUCUCCCAGGUACUCGGGAAGCCAUUCUGUCCGACAUCAAGUCCUGGCUCGGAAGCGCUGGGAAAGAUGUUCCACGCGUCCUAUGGUUUCUCGGAACAGCAUGAAAAGAAUCUUCUGCUUCGAAUGCACGCAGGAGGGGCUUGUUGCACCUGGUCACGCAAAUACCCGGCAGCUGAUUCUUCAUCUGCUUUCCGGCAGGCUGUCCUUGUGGGUAAUCAGAUUAUUGGAAAACAUCUGUAUUCUCAUCUCUUCUCGACCACUGGAAGACAUCUACGACGCACUGCACACCGCGCCACAUGUUCGUCGUGUAUCCACAAAACAAGGCAUCCAGCUUAGCAUUUCCACUAGUUUGUCAGGCCUGUGCAAUAUCUUCAACGAUACACGUCCACGCCCUUGCUCACAAACCCGACGGCCUGUUUGAAUGUGCUCGUCUUGCCUCUGUCACUCUGAGCAUGUCAAGGGCACCAACAAUGUGGAUACCACACCAAUGCCUUUCGACGCCGUGGUUGCUAGAACAUCUGCAUAAGGAACACGUCUGUUGGACGAUAUGUACAGACGCAUCAUGGCAGAAAUCAUGACAGAUGAUGAUAACGCGGAAUUGAUCACUAUGUUUUUCUUUCUGUGAUGGGACAGAUUCCUACAUCACUGGAACCGCUCUGCGUUGACCACCAUGCGAAUGCAUCUUCCGCGCGAGGAUGACUGCUACUACGUAAGCUCAGUCAUCGGACAUCUGGCUUGUCACCGGCGUUGAUACAUAUGUCUCUUCUACAACUUUCUCACAAAGAAAUCGCG